UGUGUUAUUUGAUUUAGGACGCAACCGUAAGCUUAAAACCCGGCGGUCGGAGCCGACUGUAUCGCAAGACUUGAGUUUUAAAGCGUGUAUUAGCUCUUUAUUUAUUUAAGUUUUUGUAUUAGUAGAACAAGUAGCGAUUGUGAGCCGCGUUAUGGGAGGAAAAUAAAGUUGUUUUGAAUAAUCUCAGUUUAAGCCAUGUUUAAUGUAGUUUAGCACGGCUAAGCUAAAGUAGAGAGAGGCUGAGCGGGUGAUGGCGUUCCCCGAGCCCAAGCCGCAGCCUCUCCGCCUUCCGCAGCACCUUCUCCGGGCUGUAGACUGCCAGCAGGCCGCUGUCAGAGCUGUGCGCUUUAACGCCGACGGGAACUACUUCCUGACGUGUGGCAGCGAUAAAAGCCUGAAGCUGUGGAGCGCGAGCCGGGGAGCCCUGCUGAAGACGUACAACGGCCAUGGCUACGAGGUGCUGGACGCCGAUAGCUCUUAUGAUAACAGCCAGCUGUGUUCGUGCAGCGCAGACAAGACGUUGAUCCUGUGGGACGUGGCGUCUGGGCAGGUCACCCGCAAACUCCGCGGCCACGCAGGGAAGGUGAACUGCGUGCGAUUCAACGAAGAGGCCAGUGUCAUGCUCUCAGGUUCUAUAGACGGCACGGUGCGCUGCUGGGACACUCGGUCCAGAAAGAUGGAGGCGAUUCAGAAGCUGGACGAGGCGCGAGACGGAAUCAGCAGCCUGAAAGUGGUUGCGCACGAGCUGCUGACCGGGUCUGUGGACGGCCGGGUGAGGCGCUACGAUCUGCGGAUGGGCCAACUGCACGUCGACUACAUUGGCAGUCCGAUUACAUGUGUGUGUUUCAGUCAGGAUGGUCAGUGCACCUUGAGCUCCAGUCUGGAUGCCAGUGUGCGUCUGUUGGACAAGAGCACAGGAGAGCUGCUGGGAGAAUAUACAGGACACCAGAAUAAAGACUACAAGCUGGACUGCUGCCUGUCUGAGAAAGACACUCACGUGCUGAGCUGCUCCGAGGACGGUCACGUGUACUGCUGGGACCUGGUGGAGGGCUCAUUAACACUGAAGUUGCCCGUCGGGAAAGCCGUCGUCCAGUCGCUGUCCUUCCACCCCACUGAGCCUCGCUUACUGACAGCCAUGGAGGGGCGUGUCCAGAUCUGGGGGGCGGAGCCAGACGAAACAGACACGGCCAAGUGAGGAACGCUCGUGUGUUUAUAUCGAUAUCUGACAUGCGAUGUCCCGAACCUGCAGCAGAAUCGAAUGCAGUCCACACGGGUCCUCUGCGCUGCGGCGUGAACGCAGCACGCUUCCUCCCCAGCGUCUCCCCGAGCCCUCCCUCUCCUCUCGGUCUUCUUCUCUUCCUUCUCUCCUCGUCUCAUCUGGGAGGCCCGAUUCCGAGGAACCGCUUUGUUCUUGGACGUCUGACACUGAAAGACAUGGAAACGUGGAGAUUUCUCAGUCCGUGGAUAAUCUAAGAACUGAUAGGCUGCUUUCCUGUGGCGGUACGAAACGACCCCUCUAGUCCACAUUACAAUACUACUGCAGUUUAUUAUUUUAUUUAUUUUUAAAGCAGGAACCCCCCGGAAAAAAACAAACCUAUAAUGUGUGUUCGUUAUUAUUUAGGUGUAUGCUGUGUAAAUUCUUUAACACAAGGCAUAGUAAAAUAAUAAUAAUAAUAAUAAUAAUAAUAAUAACAUCUAAGAACACUGUGCUGUAAAUAAAGGUUCAAUGUUCGGUUAAAUUAGGUCAAUACAUUUUCAAAUUAAAGUACUAAAAUAGAUUUUUUUUUAAAAAAUCCUAUAAAUAUAACGCACAUUGUUUUGACUGUUCUACGUGUGUAAAGUUAAAAUACAGUCUCACUAGAAUACAUUAUAUAUGUGUUACUACAUUGUAUAAAAAAAAUAUAUAUAUAUUAAUAAUAAAUGGGGAGGAAAGAACAACCAGAAAAACUUGAC